AUGCAUCACCCUCAAAAGAAAAAGAAUCAAUUAAAAAAGCCUGGAUGGCGGCCUCCUAACUGGGCUUUUGCUUGUGUGUGGACAUAUUUGUAUUCUACCAUGGGUUAUGCAUCGUACCGAGUCUGGGUGGAGCUCGACAAACCUGAUCUUCUGGCACCUGCUAGCCUGCCUUCACCCCUCAAGCUCUUUAUUUUGCAAAUUCUGCUGAAUUGGCUGUGGACACCUAUUUUCUUUGGUCUAAAGCAAAUUACUAUGACUUGCAGUGCCCUCGGAAAGACUGAUGCUGAAGCGAUGGUUGAGACUUCCUGUCACAAUGAACAGAAUUUGCAAGAAGAGGGUUCUGCUCUUUAGUCUGGCCCUGAAUGUGCUCAUCUCGCUCUGCUGUAUUUUGUUCUUCUAUGCGAGUCUUGGAUGCAAAAAUAGUUACAUUAAAUAUGAAAGUUUACCUGAGUGUCAGUGUGAGACGAUGCUUGGUUUAUCAUCAUCACAAGACACAGUUGAGCAGAUGGAGGAAUCUAUAA